CCCAAGUUCGGUCUUUACCUUAAAACUCUACGCUGAAAGAUUGGUGAGAGGAAGAGGGGGAUAACAAGAACCAGACUUUCUCUUGCUACCUAACCGUUGUGUCCUCAGUUAGAAACCCAUUUAUAGAUAGAGAGACGCAGAGCCUGACACGCAGAACGAGGAAAGGAUGUCAACAGCUUCAUUGUGUUCAUCGAUCCAAUCCCAGAUUAAUGGGUUUGGUGGGGGUCUUAAGCUUCAGAAAACAUCUCUUUAUCAACCCAACUCGCUCACCUUCUCCAGGAGGAAAUACAAAACUGUGGUGAAGGCUACAUCUCGGGUUGAUAAGUUUUUAAAAACUGAUGUCAUUGUUUCUCCAUCUAUUCUGUCGGCCAACUUUUCAAAGUUGGGAGAGCAGGUAAAAGCAGUGGAGUUGGCAGGUUGUGAUUGGAUUCAUGUUGACGUGAUGGAUGGGCGUUUUGUUCCCAAUAUUACAAUUGGGCCUCUUGUGGUCGAUGCCUUGCGUCCUGUGACAGAUCUUCCUUUGGAUGUGCACUUGAUGAUAGUGGAACCUGAACAACGUGUGCCAGAUUUUAUCAAGGCAGGAGCUGACAUAGUUAGUGUUCAUUGUGAGCAAGCUUCCACCAUCCAUUUGCAUCGCACAGUUAAUCAAAUAAAAAGUUUGGGAGCCAAAGCUGGAGUUGUUCUUAACCCUGGUACCCCAUUAACUGCAAUAGAAUACGUCCUUGAUGUGGUGGAUCUGGUCUUGAUUAUGUCUGUAAAUCCUGGGUUUGGUGGGCAGAGCUUUAUUGAGAGCCAAGUGAAGAAAAUCUCAGACUUGAGAAGAAUUUGUGCAGAGAAGGGAGUAAACCCAUGGAUUGAAAUAGAUGGAGGAGUUGGUCCAAAAAAUGCUUAUAAGGUUAUUGAGGCUGGAGCUAAUGCUCUAGUUGCUGGUUCUGCUGUCUUUGGAGCCAAAGAUUAUGCUGAAGCUAUUAGAGGAAUCAAAACCAGCAAAAGGCCUGUAGCUGUUGCUGUGUGAAAUGACCUCGAGGAUUGAACGUAUCAUAUUCUAUGCAACUUGUGAUACUGUAUUUCUUCAAUUACGUGUAUGUUACCUUGUCACGCCAUCUUGAGUUACUCGAUUAAAUUCUGAAAGAUGAACUCCAUGGUUCAAUGGUGUCAAGAGAAGAACCGUGAUUCUAAGAAGUUAUCUUGAAAGUUGAUAAAGAAGUGCAUGUCUUUUGGUGGCGGUUCAUCCGACCAGAUAACACUCUGAAUUUCUAUUGUAAAUGCUUUUUGAUGACGGAAUUUCCUUUAUAAAUGUAUAAUACACAAGUCAACAGGCAGCUUACUGCUAGUAUCAAGUUGUCAGAAGUGCUGUGAGUUACUGUAAAUUAUAUGUCAUCAGCGAUGAAUUAUUAAGAUUUCAAAUGUGGUAGUUGUAACCAGAAAAAACCCCUUGACCCUUCGUUACAAAGCUUUUGUGCCAACGUAUGAAAAAAAUGUCUUCAAGAACUCCCAUUUCGUAAUGCAUUAUAUUUUUUUUUCUUAUUUUAA